AUGACCGGCGAGCUACUACUUCAAGUGCUCAACUCUACUACCACCGGUCUCACAUCGACCGACGCCACUGAGCGUCAGACGCUUCACGGCGCCAAUGUUGUCACGGAGCAGAAACCUACGUCUGCCUUGACCAUCUUCAUCCGACAGGUGGCAAACUGCCUCACCGUCGUGCUCCUCGCAGCCAUGGCGCUCAGCUUCGGCGUGCAGGACUGGGUUGAAGGUGGCGUCGUACUCGCCGUCAUUGUGACCAACAUCGUCAUCGGCUUCACGCAAGAGUGGAAAGCAGAGCGUACCAUGGCAUCACUGCGAGAUCUCUCAUCGCCCACGGCUUCCGUCUACCGCGAUGGCGAGCUGCGUGUCACCCCCUCCGCUCAGCUUGUACCAGGCGAUGUCAUUGCAUUCCGGACGGGUGAUGUCCUACCCGCAGACGUUCGCCUCCUCGCGCACACCAACCUCGAGACGUCCGAAGCCGCUCUGACGGGCGAAUCGCUGCCCGUAGCCAAGACGCUCGACACUAUUUUCGACCCCAACUUGGCCCUCGGUGCCGCGGACCGCAUCAACCUCGCCUACUCCUCGACCGUCGUCACCAAGGGUCGCGGCACGGGCAUCGUCAUCGCCACCGGCCGCCAGACUCAGAUUGGCAAGAUCGCAGAGGAGAUGGCUUCGCGCCAAGCCAACAACAAGGGCGGCUUCUGGUCCAAGGUUUGGGACAAGACGGCUACGCUGCUUGGUCUUCGCCACGGCACUCCUCUGCAAAUCAAGCUCAACAAGUUCGCCUAUAUUCUGCUCGGCCUCGCGGUCCUCUGCGCCAUCAUCGUCUUCUCCGUCGCCGAAUUCGAGCUCGACUCAGACAUCUUGCUCUACGCCAUCGCGCUAGGCAUCGGUGUCAUUCCAGAGUCGCUCAUCCCGGUCCUCACCAUCACCUUCUCCGUCGGCGCCAAGCGCAUGGCAGAGUCUGGCGUCGUGGUGCGCAGGAUUGAAGCCCUCGAAGCGUUGGGCGGCGUCACGAACAUCUGUAGUGACAAGACUGGUACGCUUACUCAGGGCAAGAUGGUCGUGCGCAAGCUCUGGCUUGAGGAUGGAGCAGAGUAUCAAGUCGAGGAGGCCGCUACCGCAUUUGAGCCCGUAGGCAGGAUUGCGGAGGUGGGCACCGAGAAGUACUGCGACAACGGCUCGCUACCUGAUGACGUCCGCAAGCUAGCAACGGCCGCCUCACUCUGCAACAUCGCCGAGCUUAUGCCACCCGACGCCGAACGCACAGGCUGGUCAGCUCGCGGCGACCCUACGGAAAUCGCCCUCCUUGUCAUGGCUACCAAGCUCGGUCUGGGUCGCCCCAAGCUUCUCGGCCAAGACGUGCCCAACAGCGAGAAGAAGACGCCCGAGGGAUACCAGCUCGUCGUUGAGUAUCCCUUUGACAGCGACGUCAAGCUUAUGACUACCGUGUACACCAGUCCGGAUGGCGAGAAGGAACAGGCCCUCAUGAAGGGAGCUGUCGAGCGUGUGCUUGCGCGCUGUGACAGCGACCUGACCGAGGAGCGACGCCAGCGUAUUACGGCUCAAGCCGAGCGUCUUGCAGGGCAAGGGCUGCGAGUCCUUGCUUUCGCUUCGCGGAAUUUGCUUCAACCCGCCGCCACGCUCACCCGCGCCACGGUGGAAUGCGACAUGACCUUCCUUGGUCUCUGCGCCCUGUACGACCCUCCACGCCCUACCUCCCUCCCUGCGGUACUCGCCUGCAAGAAGGCUGGCAUCACGGUCUCCAUGCUCACAGGUGACCACGCAGCCACAGCUCGCGCCAUCGCUCGCGAGGUUGGCAUCCUACCGCAGGACCAUUCGGAGGGCAAAGGAGCAGUCAUGACCGCCCAGGAGUUUGAGGCCCUUUCCGAAUCCGAGGUCGACGCCCUUCCCACGCUACCUCUCGUCAUCGCCCGCUGCUCUCCAAGCACCAAGGUACGCAUGGUUCAAGCCGGCCGUCGUCGCGGCCUCUACAUUGCUAUGACUGGUGACGGAGUCAACGACGCACCCGCCCUCAAGCAAGCUCCCAUCGGUAUUGCCAUGGGCGAAACCGGUACUGACGUAGCCAAAGCUGCGGCGGACAUGGUAUUGACGGACGACUGUUUUGAGUCUAUCGUUCAAGCCGUUCGCGAGGGGCGUACCAUCUUCGACAACAUUCAACGCUUCAUCAUAGCUCUCCUCGUCGCUAAUGUGGGCGAGGUUAUCCUUCUCCUUGUUGGAUUGGCGUUCCAAGACCGAACCGGGGAAAGCGUCUUUGCGCUCACCGCGGUGGAAAUCUUGUGGGCCAACAUGGUCACCGCAUCACUACCUGCUGUCGGACUGGGAAUGGAGGUGCCUAGCGCUGAGAUCAUGGAGCGUCCACCUGUCGAUGGCAAAGCUGGCGUCUUCUCCAAGCUGGUCGUGGUCGACAUGCUCGUGUACGGCUUCACCAUGGGCUGGACCUGCCUCGUCGUUUUCGUCGUCAUGAUAUACGCGGUGGGCGGUGGCGACCUCGGAGUGGAGUGCAACGGCUCCAACGGCGGUCCGGCAUGCGAUGUUGUGUUCCAAGCUCGCUCCGCGGUCUUCACGGCUCUCAUCCUCCAGAACUUGAUCGUCGCCUGGGCCAUGCACUCGCUGGAGGGUACACUUCUCUCAUGGAAGGCCAUCAAGCACGUAGCAAGGAACAAAAUCCUCUUUUGGUCGGUCCUCUUCGGUGUAGCCACCAUCCCUCUCUGCCUCUACGUACCGCGUUUCAACUCGGACGUCUUCCAUCAUGGCGCUCUCCGUGGCGUAGGGUGGGGCGUCGCUCUCGCUGCCACGGUUGUCUUUACGCUCAGCGUGGAAGGAUGGAAGUGGCUCGCGAGGAGGGGCGGAUGGCCCUGGCUCACCGCCAUCACGGGCGGCACGGCACGUCCACGCGUCAAAGACUCGCAGGACAAGGGCAUUGAGGAGAAGGCUUAG